UAGCCCAGCUAACAAAGUCCAAAAGGCUUGGCUGAUACAGGAGGAGGAGGAGGACUUUGUUUGUUUAUUUGUUCCAGAAAGAAAGAAAGAAAGUCACUAGCAAUGGCGGACAGAGGAUCUGAAUCCACAAAAUCUCUAGAGGAAGAAGCAAAAGCAAAAGCCUCAAACUUGAUUGAAAAAGGCAAGGAAGAAAACAAGAAGAAAUCACCAGCUAGCCAUGACAAGGAAACACAUGGAACAAGCAACGACAUUGAUGAAGACACCCCAAUAGAAAAAGUCAAAGGACCCGGUGUUCUUGAAAGAACUAAGGAAGAGAUUGAAGCCGUUGUCGAAGCAAUUCACCCUAAUAAGUAAAAUCUUUAACCUAGUUACUCAUUUCCUGCAAUAAUGUUUUGUAGUUGGUAUGUAUGCCAGUGAUCAUCUUUAUUGGUCCAUUUUGUCUUUUGAUUCUGGUUAUUGUUUUCAAUACCAUAGAGAAAACAACUAUAUUCACAGUCUGAGAAUUAAUUUAUUAUGUGAUCCUAGUUAUUAUUAAA